CUGGGUCUGUUAUUGGGCCGGCUGUACGGUGCUCACCGUACAGCCGGUUGUACAAUAUACGUACUCAUCUUCCCCGGCAAUCUGCUCGGACAGCGCUACCACAUCACCGGCUGCAUAGUCGGUGCGCUUUCUAUUCAUUUCCACGUAUAUACGCGUCUAUUUACGGCCGGAUCUCUGAAUUUAUCCGUCGAGUUGGGAAUUGAACCAGAUCUUGCUUGAUUUUCUAGUCUAGGUCUAUUUCUAACUUCUUUUUUCUCUUCUCGCUCGUCGAAGCGUUUUUUAGUUUCCUAUCUUGUCCGACUAUUCUGAAUCUGCGGAAAUGGUUUCCUUCGAGAUGAACGAUCGUAAAAAGAUUGGUCUAGGGUUGACAGGAUUCGGAGUAUUCUUUUCAUUCUUAGGAAUCAUUUUCUUCUUCGACAAGGGGCUAAUUGCCAUGGGAAACAUCCUCUUUGUAUCUGGGGUGGCCAUAACAAUUGGUCUGAAGCCAUCCAUGCAGUUCUUCAUGAAGCGUAGCAACUAUAAGGGAACAAUGUCAUUUGGAGUUGGCUUUUUCUUGGUUGUCAUUGGAUGGCCUAUUCUGGGCAUGAUUCUUGAGGCUUAUGGUUUUGUUGUGCUUUUCAGUGGAUUCUGGCCGACUUUGGCAGUUUUUCUGCAAAAGAUACCUAUUCUCGGGUGGCUCUUUCAGCAGCCUUUUGUCAGAUCGUUCUUUGAUCGUUACCGGGGAAAGCGAGUACCAGUAUGACUUGGUUGUCUCAAAUGCAAUGUGUAAGCGGUGUGAAAUAUGGCCAUAAAGUGGUUCGCGGGUCACCAGCAGUAUAAUGAUGGCACUAUGAUUUUUGUUCUUUGAUGACUACAUGGAUAUGGGUCUCUUUUAGUGCUUUGUGGUAGUUUGCCUUUUCAUAGUUUUGUUGUAAUCAUCAAGGACUGAUUUGUAUCAGUUUUUUGUUCAUCCGUGCUAAAUCUGUAAAUACGUUAAUUUGGUGGUCAAUCAUCAGUCAUUGAAGUGGAAUUCUUGAUGAAACGUAGAUCGGGGUGGACCUUGUCAUUUUUUACAGAUGAAUUAAACUAAACUUAACACG